GUGAUGACAUCACGACCAUCCAGCAGGAGAUUACCAUGAUGAAGGAGUGCAAACACAAAAACAUUGUGGCAUACUUCGGAAGCUACCACAGCUGCUGGAUUCUUCUCCCACUCGUGGCUCAGACAGCAGCUCACUCAUCAUUCUUUGUGUUUGUGGGCGUUCGUCGGACUUUCAGGGAGCGUCUACAUUUGUGUUUCCUUCAGACUCUUAGGGAGCGUCUACAUUUGUGUUUCCUUCAGUCUUUUAAGGAGCGUCUACGUUUGUGUUUCUUUCAGACUUUCAGGGAGAGUCUACGUUUGUGUUCAGACUUUUAGGGAACGUCUACGUUUGUGUUUCCUUCACACUUUUAGGGAGCGUCUACAUUUGUGCUCAAACUUUUAGGGAGCAUCUGCAUUUGUGUGUCCUUCAGAUUUUUAGGGAGCGUCUUCGUUUGUGUUCAAGCUUUAAGAGAGCGUCUACAUUUGUGUUUCCUUUACAUAUAAACGCUUUAAUACUCAGAUGAUGUUUGUGUCUCUGCAGGAACACCAAGCUGUGGAUCUGUAUGGAGUACUGUGGAGGAGGCUCACUGCAGGAUAUGUACCACGUGACGGGCCCGUUAAAGGAGAAGCAGAUCGCCUAUGUGUGCAGAGAAACCCUCCAGGGUUUGUAUCACCUGCACGAAACUGGAAAGAUGCACCGAGACAUAAAGGGAGCGAACAUCCUUCUGACAGAGAGAGGAGAUGUUAAACUGGCUGAUUUUGGAGUAGCGGCAGAGAUCAGCGCCUCUGUGGCCAAGAGGAAAUCUUUCAUAGGAACUCCAUACUGGAUGGCUCCUGAGGUGGCGGCGGUGGAGAAGAAAGGCGGUUACAACCACCUGUGUGAUAUCUGGGCUGUCGGCAUCACGGCCAUCGAGCUGGCCGAGCUCCAACCGCCCAUGUUCGACCUCCACCCGAUGAGAGCUCUGAUGUUGAUGUCAAAGAGCAGCUUCCAGCCUCCACGUCUAAAGGACAAAACCAAGUGGUCUGCAGGUUUCCAGAGCUUCGUGAAGAUGGCACUCAUUAAAAACCCUCGUAAAAGGCCGUCAGCGGAGACCCUGCUGCAGCAUCCGUUCGUGACUCAGCUGCUGACUCGUAACCUCGUCAUCGAGCUGCUCGACAUGGCCAACAACCCCGAGCUGCACAGCACGCACACGCUCAGCAUGGACGACAUGGAGCUGGAGGUCGGGGAAGUCGGUCCAGACAAAAUCCAGUCAGCAGGGAAACACCUGCCUGCAGAGAGGACGCUGUCUGAAGAGCAAUUCGACCAGGUGAAGUUCGGACCUCCACUGAGGAAAGUCACAGAACCGUAUCCUGACCUGCAGGGUUCCUAUGACGACGACUGGAGUCUGUCUGGAGACGAAGACAACUCACCGAGUCUGUUGGAAUGUGUGGAACAAGCCCUGCAGCUCAGGAGUUUAACCAUUCGGAGGGCGCCAUCUGCUGAUGGAGGUAAGAAGAGUGGCUUGUUCAGCCCGUCCACAGCCUCCCUGCCCGCCUUCAGCUCCUUAAGUCCAAACACAGACAACAGAGACCUGACGCUGAGACCGAGCUGCACGCUGGGACCUGAGGCCGCCGUCACAGCUGACUCCACCUCCACUACAGUAUUGUCCAGGUGCUCGGCCACACAGGACAUCAGACAGCGCUGCAGUGGCCCAUGUCUGCCUGCGGGGGACGCUGUAACCUCAGAGAAAAAGAGGGCUAAGUCUGUUACUUCUCCAAAGAGAGAGACGCCACUAUCACCUGAAUGGAGCACGCUGAGGAGGAAGACCGAGGACUCUAGGGCUGCCUGUCAUGGACUCCCUCCCACCCCCCAAGUCCAUAUGGGAGCCUGCUUCUCCAAAGUCUUCAAUGGCUGUCCUCUUCAAAUCCACUGUGCCGUCACCUGGAUUUUACCCAAAACAAGAGAUCAGUACCUCAUUCUUGGAGCCGAGGAGGGCAUCUACUCACUGAACCUGAAUGAACUUCAUGAAGACACGCUCGAGAAGCUGCUCCCUCAGCGAUGCACGUGGCUGUACGUCAUGAACAACGUGUUGAUGUCUGUAUCAGGGAAGUCCUCGCAGCUUUAUUCCCACAGUCUGACGCCGCUGUUUGAACACAGAGGACAUGUGCAGAAGAAACACAGCAGUCUGUCACUCAGCACCAACCGCUUCGCUGAGAGGAUCAGCACCAGUCAGAGAAAGUUCGCCGUCUCUGUGAAGAUUCCCGACACUAAAGGCUGCAGGAGAUGUAGUGUAGCAAGGAACCCGUACACUGACAGUACCUUUCUAUGUGCAGCGGUUCCAUCCGGUCUAGUGCUGUUACUGUGGUAUGAGCCUCUGCAGAAGUUCAUGCAUCUUAAGCACAUACCAAUCAAGCUUCCAGACUCUCUUCCCAUAUUCGAGCUGCUGGUGUUGGUGACGGAUGAGUUUCCUCAGCUGUGUGUCGGAGUGAGAGACUGUCCUAAUGGGAAGCGGCCCGUCAGCCAACAGCUCCAGUUUGAUAUCAUAGAGCUGAACAGCUCGCCUGUUUCUGCACCAGACAGUGGAGCUCUGAUGGCAGCACAGGUAACCCAACUGGACAGAGACACCGUUCUCAUCGUGUUAGAAAAAACUGUGAAGGUCGUGAACCUGCGAGGACUUCCGUCCAAGGAGCUCGCUGCUGAGAUGAUCUUUGACUUCCCCAUCGAAACUCUGGUGUGUUUACAGGACAGUGUGCUGGCUUUCUGGAAGCAUGGCCUAAAAGGGAGGAGCUUUCAUUCAAACGAGGUAACUCAAGAAAUCACAGACGAGAGUCGAGUGUUCAGAGUUUUGGGAACAAACAGAGACAUCAUCCUUCAGAGCACGCCGACAGACAUGCCGUCUGCUCUGAGUAACCUAUACAUCCUGACCGGACAUGAAAGCAGCUACUGAGACAUCUCACACUGAAGGGAAACUUGUUCUAAAAGACUGUUGUGUGAGAAUGAUUCUCACAAGGAGAAGAAAUGUAAAAUGUUAUUCCACGUUCUUAAAAAAACAUCGUCAUCAAAGGUUAUAAAUAAUAGAUUGUGUUGAAGAAGUGGAAAAAGUCUCUUGGUUAAAAAAAAAAAUGAAUGCAGAUAUGUCUUAAAGAUGCAUUCUUUCUAAUAGCCAGCAGGGGGCGACUCCACAGGACUUCAGAAUGAAACCCUCAAACAGACAGGUGUUAGACCUAGUCCACAUGUAGGCAGGUAUUUUUUAAACAGAGGUUUUCCUCCUCUGUUUUAAAAAACAAUCCUGUUCACACACGCUCAGUUCUCAAAUACAUCUUCGUUCACAUGAAAACGCAAAAUGCACGGUUGUGGCUGUCAUGAGCACGCCAAGUCAACAACCAUGUCCUUGACGUGAACAUUUUCUCACCAUGCCUCCACAAUGACCAUUUAAUUUUCAAAGUUUUCCCAUCAACCCGAAGUCCCACUGGGUCUUGUCCACGGCUCAUUGGGGUUUAUGUGGUGGGAGUGUUGUAUGAAGCAGCAGUGACCUCCGUCGUCCAAUAAGGUGUCUCUGCUCAUCAACAUAGUGGGAGAGUAACUGUGUAUGUGUGAGCAUGUAAAAAGUCCAGUUAGCAACGUUAGCACCAGCGCUAGUUUGGUUAGGUCUGCCAUCGCACUAAUCUCAUGUAAACUGAAGUGACUGCAUCGCACGAUGACGUCACGAUGACGCCACACAGCGUGACGUCACAAGAACAAAACUCUGUUUACCCCGUCUACACAGAAACACCUUAAACAGAGUUUCUGAACAUCUUUGAGUUUCACUAAAGGACAGUUACCAGUGAGCUAAAACGCUGUUUGCGUACGAAAGUCCAAAAUGCAGAGAAAAAGCUAUGUGUUCUAAAAUACCCACCUACGUGUGGACGAGGCCUCAGACUCUGGAUUUGUCCCCUUUAAACCGUGUGAGUGAUAGUUUGUUCAUCAGUCUGACUGUUACAAAGAAACAGGACGCUUGUUUAAAUGUAUUCUUACUCUUAUCAUAUAAUUCUGAAAACCAUGAAUGUGCGAGCGUAGCAGCGUUUACAUUAUGUGCCACCAUGUUGGGAGAGCGGGGAAUGUGAUUGGUCUGUCCAUCGCUGUCAGUGACCUUUAAGUGCCAUAAACAGAUUCAUCUUGUGACUCUCGUCCAUCUUAUGUUUGAACUAAUCAUGUGUUCACAGAAUCUAAAUGUGUAUUUGAUUAGAGGAGGCGUCAAAGAAACUGGAUUCAACUAAACCUGCUUGUUUGGCUAAAAUCAAAAAUAUAAACUCACUACAGUCAGAUGUGUGUGUGUGUGUGUGUGUGUGUGUGUGUGUGUGUGUGUGUGUGUGUGUGUGCGUGUGUGUGUGCAUUGAUAUUUAUGUUAAGGGAAGCGUUUCAAUAACACUCACGUUUCCCUGAGAUAUACUUGAAGAGCAUCAUAUGAUACAGUCAUUUGUUUUUUUAAUGAUGAUUUUAUUAUUUGUGUGUACAUUUCAUGUAUAUAACACAGUAAACUUUUACAUGAUGUAAUGGGUUGUAUUAUGCAAAAUAAAGAUUUUAAUAUCCUCUAAA